CCCCACGAUGAUGAAGAGGCAGCUGCAUCGCAUGCGGCAGCUGGCCCAGACGGGCAGCCUGGGGCGCACCCCGGAGACGGCCGAUCUGCUGGGAGAGGAGCUGCAGCAGGUGGAGCAGCGGCUGGAGCCAGCCAAGCGGGCAGCGCACAAUGUCCACAAGCGACUGCAGGCCUGCCUGCAGGGCCAGAGUGGAGCGGACAUGGACAAGCGGGUGAAGAAACUCCCUCUCAUGGCUCUGUCCACCACCAUGGCCGAGAGCUUCAAGGAGCUGGACCCGGACUCCAGUCUGGGGAAGGCCCUGGAGAUGAGCUGCGUCAUCCAGAACCAGCUGGCCCGCAUCCUGGCCGAGUUCGAGAUGGCGCUGGAGAAGGACGUCCUGCAGCCGCUCAGCAGGCUGAGCGAGGAGGAGCUCCCCGCCAUCCUCAAGCACAAGAAGGGCCUGCAGAAGCUGGUGUCUGACUGGAGCGCCCUCAAGAGCAGGUGGGCGCAGUGGCCUCCGACGGUGGGGGGGCUCAGCCAGGCCGCGGGCAGUGGCCAGGGCGCUCACAGCUCGACCGCCACUGCCAACAAGGUGGAGACGCUGAAGGAGGAGGAAGAGGAACUCAAGAGGAAGGUGGAGCAGUGUAAGGACGAGUACUUAGCCGACCUGUACCACUUCGCCACCAAGGAGGACACAUACGCCAACUACUUCAUCCACUUCAUGGAGAUUCAGGCCGAUUAUCAUCGCAAGUCCCUGAGCUCGCUGGACACGGCCCUGGCCGAGCUGAGAGAAAACCACAGUCCAGCAGACCCCUCCCCCUCGAUGACGGCCACCCCCUUCUCCAGGGUGUAUGGGGUGUCGCUGGGCACCCACCUGCAAGAGCUGGGCCGGGACAUCGCCCUGCCCAUUGAGGCCUGCGUCCUGAUGCUGCUGUCGGAGGGCAUGAAGGAGGAGGGCCUCUUCCGCCUGGCCGCUGGGGCCUCUGUGAUGAAGCGCCUCAGGCAGACCCUGUCCUCAGACCCCCUCGGCCUCCAGGAGUUCUGCUCCGACCCUCAUGCUGUGGCAGGCGCCCUCAAGUCCUAUCUGCGGGAAUUGCCGGAGCCCCUGAUGACCUUUGACCUCUACGACGAUUGGAUGAGGGCCGCCAGCCUGAAGGAGGCCGGCCCGCGGCUGGAGGCCCUGAAGGAGGUGUGCGGCCGACUGCCCCCCGAGAACCUCAGAAACCUCAGGUACCUGCUCAAGUUCCUCGCACGGCUGGCCGAGGAGCAGGAGGUGAACAAGAUGACGCCCAGCAACAUCGCCAUCGUCCUGGGCCCCAACCUGCUGUGGCCGCCCGAGAAGGAAGGGGACCAGGCCCAGCUGGACGCGGCAUCCGUGUCGUCCAUCCAGGUGGUGGGCGUGGUCGAGGCCCUGAUCCAGAGCGCGGACACCCUCUUCCCCGGAGAUGUCACCUUCGACGUGUCUGGGCUCUUCUCAUCCCUGGGCCCCCCGGACAAGGUGAGCGACCGGCCAGCCUCCGGGGAGCUUCCUGCCGCUGAUGUGUCAGGCCCGGCCAAGGAAAGGACAGAGGCUGCGCCUCCACCCAGGCCGGCCUCCCCCAGGGUGAGCAGGGCCACCCCGGAUGCGGCCAGCCCAGCGGAGGACACGGCCCGGAGGACCAAGCGUCCGGCACCUGCUCGGCCCUCGGGGCCGCCCCCCCAGAUCUCCGGCUCCCGCACGUCCCCCCCAGCCCCCUCUGGCAGCCCCGCGACCCCCCGGGCCUUGCCUCGCCGGCUGGUCGGCAGCAACCUCCGGGCCCCCUCUGUGCCCCCACCUCUGCCCCCCGGACCCCCUCAGCCCGCCCGGCGCCAGAGUCGCCGCUCCCAGACCUCCCCGGGUGGGCCUGAGCGGGGGGACCCGGGGGGCGGCCCCGAGGACGGAGGAGCCUCCUCGCCCCCAGCCAACCCCCCUCAGCCCAGACCCCGGAGCCUGGCCUCCGAGACCGACUGA